AGCAGAGCAGCGAGCAGGACUGACGAUGAUGAGACAAACAGAUAUGUCAUUCAACUCCUCUUCAUCCUCCAGUGUCUUCCCUCCUCCUCCUCACCUCUCCUCCUCCAACUCCUCCCUCCAUGUUACACUCCACGUCUGCCUCAAAGAAAGAAUGGCAGUCCCUAUCAUGACGGCCUACUCUGUCACCAACGUCCUCCUCCAGCUCCCGCUCUUCAUCCUCGUCCUGUGUGUGGCUCACCAGCGAUGGAGGAAGCAGCGCUCUGGUGCCACGGCAGUGACGAUGAGUCACUCUGACUUCUUCACCUAUAACAUGGUUGCCAUGGAGCUGAUAGGUGUGGUGGGGUCUUUCUUGUUCUGUUUCAGCACCUACACCGACGUCAUGAGUCUAAAGAUGGUGGGGAUGUACUUGUUCUCCACCACCUGGCCGGGACAGACUCUGUUUCACCUCCUCACCUGUAUGGAGCGCUACCUGGCUGUCGUCCACCCUGUCACCUACCUGGGGCUGAGACAGGUGGGCGGGGUCAGGAUCAGGAACAUCAGCACUGGGUGUGUUUGGUUGAUGUCUUUUGCAGGCAUGGGUGUCAUUCAGGAGCUCCUCAGUAACUUCAGCAGCAUCUCGGCCACCUGCUUCUGGGUCGUCUCAUUAAUCGUCAUCUCUUUCUGCAGCCUCUCUGUUCUCCGCGUUCUCAUUAGCCCACAGCCAGGGGAGGGGGGCGGGUACAGGGCGCGGGUUGACCAAUCAAAGCAGAGGGCUUUUAUCACCAUCAUGGCCAUACUGGGAGUUCUGCUGUUCAGGUCGGUGGGGGACCUGGCCUUCGCUGUGAUAAUCACUCUGCCAGUGCUGAGCCAGUACGAGAUGUGUGCAAUGAUGAUGUCUACAGGCUGGUUCUGUCUACCCAGCAGUCUGGUGUUACCGCUGCUGUUUCUACACCGAGCAGGGAAACUACCAGGAUGUAAACACAACACUCAGUCUGGGUGAUGGUCCAGUCAGGUCCUGUGUCUCAGUUCAUCUUACUCCGUAUGUACACUCGCUGUUUUGAGUGCAAAAGUGGGUUCACAUUGACAAGUAUGGCAAAAUGCAGAGCACUACAAGUACCUGGAUGAUGUGCUCAAAACAGUCAAGAAGCUGAAUGUAGAAUGUAUGAAUGUAUCCACCUUAUUCCUGGCCCCAUGGUAUCUUGCUUAAAUUAUGUGCGCAUAUUCUGGCAUUGAAUCGAAAAGAAAGAGUUAGCUCAGACUGGUUGUUAAUCAUUACAGACACGGACAGUGCAACAGGUACCAGAGCUCCGCAAAGACAUUUUAGAAAAUGCUAAGUUAACAUUAGUUAAAUAUUUGUUAAAAAAAUAAACUGAAGGCAAAUGACUUUGGAAAAGAACCAGCGUUGGCGGUUAGCCACCAAGAGUAGCCACUGGGACUGACCACAGACAGUCUGUGGGACUAACUAGCUCACUGCUACUUCCUCUAUCUCAAAGGAAGUUGUGAUCAUAAUCGUAGGAAAGUCACUCAGUGGUGCAUGAAGCCAAAAAGUUCAACUGCUGCGUUUAAAAUUACUUGGAUGAUCAGCAAUGCUUCUGCACCUGGGGCCCGUAGAGCAGGUACACGAGAGACUUUCGCUGGUCGAGCACUCUGUUAAAUUGAAUGGGGAUAAAGUUAUUUUAUCAUGUGACUCUUCCAGACUUUUGAGAUGUUAUCAACCUAGUGGGUCAAAUCCUGAUUAAAAAACAAACAACAAGUCAUUUUGCUGGGCUGUGACGCUCAAAAAAGUGUAUCCACCAAUUUGCAGACGUCUCUUUUGCCAUCUAAGUUGAUGGAAAAAGUCUUUUUGCUCCUAGGGCAUCACAUCACAGAUGUAAAUUUGUUGGCUUCAGAGCCAUUUCCUCAUUUCUCACCCUCAACAGGCACCAUCUGGGCUACAUAGCGAACAGGAAGGGAGCACCAAACUUGUGAAAAUAGCAACUGAGGAAGCUGCAGAGGUUGCGGUUGCUCCAGUGAACAAGCCAACAAGCCGGCAGAUAUUUUUGCCGGUAACAAUCGUGGUCAAAUUUUGUUAGGAAUGCUCUGUCCAUUAGCAGUUUGCCGUUAAAGAAGAAGAAGAAAUGGUCAAAUGUUACGUUCCUUGAUUCCAGUAAAUAAAAAAUAGGCAUGUUCAAUUUAAGACAGCACUACAAGGUUGGAAUUCACACACUACGCAAGUACACAAACAGCGCAUGCAGUGUACUGCAUAGAAGUGUACUAAUGGAAGUAUUCGAACUGAGACACAGAGGUAAAGUUCUGAUUAACAGCAUCUUAAUCAGUAGCGAAGUGUAACUUACUACAUUUGCUGAAGUCUGUGGAUAUUCUCAUUUAUCCAGGUCAAUUCCAUUUUGGCAACAAUUAAAUCGUAGGCAACUGGACUUUGAUUUUGUCUAGAAGACAUUUCGCCUCUUAUCCAAGCAGCUUCAUCAGUUCUCAACGCAUCGGUCUGACUAGUCCUCACUAGUCUGACAAACAGUGGAGUAACACUCAGGUUUUUAACCUCUGUGGAGGUGUACACCCACCACCCUCAUAAGACAAUACUUGUUAGUGGAGUUUCACUGGACCAUUGUUUGGGUCAGGUGAGUCACACUAGUGAACUGCAGUCGUUAGGAGUGAAUGGGGCCACUGGUGAGCCACAGUCGUUAGGCAUAAUGUGUGGUUACCAGUGAACGACUGUCGUUGUGUUUCUUUGAGCCACUUGAGGUUAGUUUCGGGCAGUUUCGGGCAGGUGGCCUGAGACACCACCUAUCCCCCAUUUACAAUGCGGCCCUUGCUGCUGUACCUAAGAGACUGAACAACAAAGACUGCCCGAAAAAAUCAAAAUCAAAAUCAAAGUCCAGUUGCCUACGAUUUAAUUGUUGCCAAAAAUACAUUUGCUGAAGUACUGUACCGCAGGACACAUCUGAGGUUCUUGUACUUUAAGUUUUAUCUUUUCAUGCUUCUUUCCACUUCUGUUCUACUACGUUUAUCUGAUAACUUUCAAUUACGGAUUCUUAGACACAAAACAAAUGAGGUUUUAAAAUCUGAUAUUAAGUUAUAAACAGUUUAUACAAGUCCAGCUGAAACUAUUAGUCUGUUCAUCAAUAAUAAUGUAAAUAAUUGUGAUGUAUCAAUAAUAAUGUUAAUAAUCGUAAUGUGUAAGUAAUACAGAUGCACAAUAAUAUUGGCAUGUCAUUAAUGUCUGCCAAUAUCAGCUUAAGAGUCAGCCAUCACCAUAAGAGUAUGUAUAAUAUGAUGUUAAUUCCACUACAGAAGAGACUUGAUGAUCACUAAAAUUAGGUGGGAAAAAAUUUAUAUAUCAAUAUUGAUAUCGAUAAUCGGCCAAAUAAGGUGUUAUAUAUCAACAUAUUGGAUACUGGCAAAAAAAUAAUAAAUCCAAUAUUGUGCAUCCCUAGUUAGUAAUAAUGUUAACAGUUGUAUUUGUAAUAAUGUAUAAAAAAAAUGUUGUAUUAGUCAUAAUGUUAACAAUUGUAAUGUGUUAGUAAUAAUGCAUAAAAAAUAGUUGUAUUAGUAAUAAUGUUAACAAAUGUAUUGUAUUUGUAAUAAUGUAUAAAAUAUUAUUGUAUUAGUCAUAAUGUCAACAAUUGUAAUGUGUUAGUAAUAAUGCAUAAAAAAAUAACUGUAUUAGUAAUCAUCUUAAUGAUAGUAAUGCAUUAGUCACAAUGUUAACAAUUGUAAUGCAUUUAUAAAAAUGUAUAAAAAAUAUUGUAUUAGCCAUAAUUUUAAUAAUAGUUAUGUAUAGUCCUAAUGUUAACAAUUGUAAUGUGCUAGUAAUAAUGUAUAAAAAUAAUUGUAUUAGUAAUAAUGCUAAUAGUUGUAAUGUGUCAGUAAUAAUGUUAAAAAUUGUAAUGUAUUUAUAAUAAUGUUUUAACAAUUAUUGUAUUAGUAA